UCUUCUUGCUAGAAAGUUUUGCGUAAGAAACUGGGAUUCGAUAAGUGAGCAGGAGAAAGUCUCCAGCCCUCCUCUGCUCUCCCCCUCAAGACUGAUAUGUUGCUCUGUGUCAGAGCUGCACUCCUGCUUUCCAUCCACUUCCAUCAAAGCAGCAUCUGCGUGUGCAAUUCCCACCACAGUCUUAUUUAUCAUUAACUUACAGGAAGGAUUUAUUUGUUCUAGUUUAUUGCAAUGGCACAAUGGUCACUCUUAUUUUUAUACUUUUUCCAUGGACAACUUCCCCUCAUUUUUGGGCAGCAGCAGCGCACAGCUGGCCCCUGGCGGCACCGGAUCCAGUGGGAGAACAACGGGCAGGUUUAUAGUUUAAUGAGCACCGGGUCAGAGUACCAUUCUCCGGUUAGGUCCCGAAGCCAGUCGAGAGUUUAUGUGAGCGGCAGGAGGGAUGGCACCUGGAGCCAAAUGCCGGGAGCGCAGAGAGGAGCCACCCUGGUCAGACCCGGACAGGCUGAGUCGAGACAGGUGAGGACUGAUCACAGUGUGGAUCAGGGAUCCAUUGCUCCGGGGCCCGUGGUUAGACAGUAUGCACCUUUUAAUACUCGUGUGUCAGGGGCCAGACAGCAGCCUGAGCGCUCUCCCGGAGCUGCAGGUUAUGUGGCCACACGGCGCUCAAACCCUGAACACCCCAACACCGUCAACGCCUCUGCACCGGGAAGAUUUAGAGACCUUCCCGUGAGGAGAACUCGUGUGGAUGCAAUGUACACCAGAGGAGGAGAUCCGGGGCCCGGUGUGCAAUACCAACCUUUACUCGUGGUGCCAGAGGCGAUGGCCGUCUCCAGGCAACACGCGCAGACGGAUCAAUCCAUCUCAGCACAUCCAACCAGUGUGGAAAGGGAACCUGAAGCUCCUGCUGCAUCCAUUUCGCUCAGUGAGGGUGGUUCAAACGAGGCAAACGGCAACAGAGAGAACAUGGCUAACGACGACCCUCGAAACCCAUUAAAGAACCACAGGAAUUCUGUUUUCUACAACCCAUAUCCCGCCAGAGGGAGGGCAGUGGCCCGCAACCGUCGUCCGCCUGGCACAGGUUAUGGUACAGGAUAUUUCCAAAAUGGACUGCCGGACCUCGUGCCAGACCCGUAUGCCAUCCAAGCAGGUGCCUACAUCCAGCGCAUGCAGAUGUUUGCGCUCCGCUGUGCAGCCGAGGAGAAUUGUCUAGCCAGGUCGGCUUAUGGACCCACCGUAAGAGACAUCGACUUCAGAGUCCUCCUGCGGUUCCCCCAGAAAGUGAUUAACCAAGGCACCACUGACUUCCUUCCUGUCAAGCCCAGAUAUCAGUGGGACUGGCACAGUUGUCACCAACACUACCACAGCAUGGACGCCUUCAGUAACUACGACCUGCUGGACAUCGUCACUGAGCGUAAAGUGGCCGAGGGACACAAAGCCAGCUUUUGUCUGGAGGAUACGGGCUGUGAACCUGGAUUCAGGCGGCGCUACGCCUGUACGUCUCACACGCAGGGCUUGAGCCCGGGAUGCCAUGAUGUCUACGCUGCCAACAUCGACUGUCAGUGGAUUGACAUCACUGACGUGCCUCCAGGGAAUUACAUCUUGAAGGUUACCGUCAACCCCAAUUUCAGCGUGCAGGAGUCCGACUUCACCAACAACAUAGUGAGAUGUGAUAUCACAUACACAGGAAUCUAUGUUCAGACACGCAACUGCCGAGUAUCAAGGUACCGUACCAGUGUUCCUGUUUAACAUGAACGCUGCAUGUGACGUAUUCUUUAUCUAGAUCAACUCAAUAAAAAAAGUUGCAAAUGAGAUAAAAUGGGAAAACAUUCGGACAAUUGAGAGAUGCUGUAUGAAGCAUUGCGUGUUUACAAUUAGGCUUUGUGUAUUUAAAUGUUUUUCUUAUCUUUUUCAGCAGUUGAAAUGUUCCUUUUCAAGUAGUACUAUCUGCAGGACUUUUACAGCAAACAUCUCUCCCUGUACUGUACAGCAUCUUUAACUCUAUGACUAACAAGAAGUGCAAUUGGUGCUCGAGUGUAAUUGUAACUGCUUUAGUCUUGUUUUGCAUUUAAUUGAAAUAAAUGCAAACGUUUACACAUAUUUUGCACAUUAAACUAGUCAGAUCAGAUUAACUGUGCUACAAAUGUGCCUUAAGUCAUGAGUGGAAUAUAUAUUUUCCUUUUUGCUGGUUUAUUGCUUGAAAUGUGUUUUGUUGCCGCUUUGUCUUGUUAGCUUUUUUUGCUUUGUAAUGUUAAUAUGUGUACAUCAGUAUUUUUCACAGAUUAUUUAAAGCAUAAGAUACUCUGUUUUUUGUUAUUGUCAGCCAUUGGUUCCCACUGAAGUCAGAAAUCUUUGAAAACAAGUUAAAAAAAACAUUUAUUUAGAAACAUGUGACAAGAAUAUUUACUAAAAUAGGAGAAAAUACUGCAUUAGUAAGGGACUUUAUUAAACUGCUAGUGAGGUUCUAUAGUAGCGGGAUAGUGUGUGUUAGUACCGUAGGAUCAAUUCACGGACUGUUUGUUUUGUUGACAACAGGAAACAUGCAGAUUAUCACUUAUUCGUGGUCGGUCACAUUAGAAAAUUGCAAAUCUCUCAUUUUAUGUUGAAUAGUAAGUAGCAUAAUGAAGUAUGUUUUAUAAAUGUGUGCUGUUGUACAAUUGAGUGAAUGAAACAUUUAGAAAAUUGUUCUGUAAAACUGUUAAUAUUGCUAAAUUCUCAUUGGUUGUAAUAUGUUGGCAUGCUGGAAUUAUUUUAAUAAAGAAGGAGAGAGGGAGUUGUUAUAAUAAUUGAAAAUA